CGCGGGCCCGCGGCUGAGGUAAAGCGGAGCGCGUGGCGGGGCGCCGUGGCUGCCUCGGCGGCGCAUGGAGGCGAUGCCGUGCCGCGACCAGCGCGUGGGCUCGGCGGGGGUUUCGCCGGCGGCGGAGCCCGGGAUGCAGGCGGGCGGCGAGGGCGGGCCGCGGCAGCUGCGCUUCGCCGACCCCGGCAGCGGCGACAGUCUCAGCCCGGAUAGCAGCAGCGGCGGCGGCGGCGGCGAGGGCAGCCGCUGCUGCUGCGGCGGCGGGAAUGGCUGCUGCGCGGGCGACGGCGGCGCCGAGACGACGACGACGACGCUUCCCGACUGGCCGGGGUCGGCGGCGGCCCAGCUCAAACUGCUGCCCAUGAACGACCAGAUCCGGGAGCUGCAGACCAUCAUCCGGGACAAGACCGCCAGUAGAGGGGACUUCGUAUUUUCUGCUGAUCGCUUGAUCAGACUGGUGGUUGAGGAAGGAUUAAACCGGCUACCGUACACAGAAUGCACAGUGACCACUCCAACAGGGUACAAAUAUGAAGGAGUGAAAUUUGAAAAGGGAAACUGUGGAGUCAGCAUAAUGAGAAGUGGGGAGGCAAUGGAACAGGGCUUGCGUGAUUGCUGCAGAUCUAUACGGAUAGGGAAGAUCCUGAUCCAGAGCGACGAGGAGACCCAGAGAGCCAAAGUGUACUAUGCAAAAUUUCCACCAGACAUCUACAGAAGAAAAGUCCUCCUCAUGUACCCCAUUCUGAGUACCGGCAACACUGUGAUCGAGGCCGUAAAGGUCCUCAUAGAACACGGGGUUCAGCCCAAUGUUAUAAUCCUGCUGAGUCUAUUCUCUACCCCCCAUGGUGCCAAAUCAAUAAUCCAGGAAUUUCCAGAUAUCACAAUUUUAACAACAGAGGUUCAUCCAGUUGCACCUACACAUUUUGGGCAGAAGUAUUUUGGAACAGACUGAAGUACUUAACCCAUUUGUGUUUUGUUACUGUAAGAUAUAUCAUUUUUCUACAUUUUAUAAUUUGAAGUGGAGGUAUCUAUGGGAAUAUUUAACAUCUUUGUUUUUCUUUUUUUGUCCAAAGGUGGAAAUAGUUGACCUGCACUAAUUUUUUAUUUAAAUGGAUAGAUACUUGAUCUUAAGUCUAGUUUUUGUUUUAAUAAUGAGUCGGGGCAAUGACGCAGACCACAGACGUCUAAUAUUGGGUUAUUCAAAUUGCUGCCCUCUACUUUAUUUAUUCUUUGUAGCCAAUUUGGCUGAUUGCGACGGCAAAAUAAACUAACUGUGAAGACACCAUUGUCUGUAUCUUUUAUUGUUUUUAUACCACAACGGGACCUUUUUCUGAAACAGAUUUUUCGCUAGAAGCAAUUGACACAUUUGUGCCAGUCUUUGGAUGCAGUUUUAGUUUUUGUAGAUUGCCUUCUCAAGCUAUAUAGAAGUUUUGUAACUGUAACAAAGACGUCUAAACAAAAUGCAGGCAUAAUUCAAAAGAUGGUGUGUGCAAAAUAUUACACUGGUCACACUUUGCUCACAUAUGAAUAUAUGGACCAGUGGAAGAGGCAAUGCAAGGCCACCAGAUCUGAAUACCCACUCUAUAGUGCAGGGGUGUCAUACUGGAGCUGCGCCCACCCCAUUGCCGGCAAUGGCAAAAAAGCUCUGAUACGUUGCGCGACAUGACGUCGCAAGUUUAACAUGUCUGCCGUAGUGGGAAAAGGAUACAGAAAAGUUCGCUUUUGCUGCCAUCUUAUGGUUGCCCAGAUUUUUAUAUCACAGGUCAGCUAGUUUUCUUUUGAUAAUAAAUCUUACUGAUUUUUAAAUUAAAUACAAUUAAUAAUACAAAUGAGAAGAAUUAAAGACAAAACUGUUUCAUUUCACUACAGGUGACUUGUACCCAAUUUUAAAGCAAACCAUUUCAGAAAGAUAAUUGCUGUAUAUUGAAAACAGCCAUUAUGGGUCACUGUCCGGAUAAUAUUUUUAGCUUGGCUAUGAUAUAUCAGUAAUUGUCUCCUGGUUACUAAUCAGCUGGUACCCUAGAACCACAAAUCAUUUGCUUUAAAAAAAAACCAAAAACAGUAAUGUUCUACUUCUGUUAACCUUCAUUUUUCUGUUCAUCAUCAGACCUAAGGAUGUUUAUUUUCAUUUCUUUAAGAGCAAGUUUCUACUUCUUACUAGAAGUAAGUAUAUAGGACAUCCUGCUAUAACCUUAAGCUUGGAGUUGAUUGGAUAAGAUGUGCCCUGGUUGGAAAUUGAGUCUGUGACUAAGCUAAAUCAUAAUGGCAGAUUACAUCUUGCAAAACCAGAGAAAUAAACUAAUCCAGUUUGGACUCCUGGUAUUUGAAUUUUAAAAAAUGCAGCAUUACACAAUACAUUUUAACAUAUUUAAAUAUUCAAAUGUGAUUCUACAAAACAUUUUUAUUGUAAAAUAUUUCCAUGCUUCAGACUGCUACACAAUCACAAACAUACAGUUUUCAGUUAAUGAACCUGAGAUAAUGUAACCAUUAAACAUUCAGGAGACUCAACAUUAACAGCAGAAUAUUUUACAACCAAGAGAUUCUGAGAAUCCUUAGGAAUGAUUAUGCUCCACUAUACUGGAUUAAGUAAUCCAUUUCCUAUGUCUCUGAUUAUAAAAUCAAAUGGGGAAAUCUGCACUUCAAUAUAUCAUCAAUG